UCCAAGAAAACAUGGCGCGUGUCUUGUCAAACGAAAUCCUAGAAAAACUCCUCAAACAAGAACUUAAUACUAAAACUUUGGAAUACACAGGUCACUUUGGGGGAGGAUGCAUUAACGAGGGACAGAGUUUCAAGACAGACACUGGAGUUGUGUUUGUGAAGACCAACAAACAUACUGGAUCAAGGGUGAUGUUUGAAGGGGAGUUAAACUCGCUUGAAGCACUGAUGAAGACGAAUACUGUGCGAGUCCCGAGGCCAGUCAAGGUGUUGGACUAUCCUGAAGGAAAUGGGUCAAUGCUAGUCAUGGAACAUCUUGACCUUAGGGGCCUGAAAAAUCCUGGUUUUCAAGCUGCUCUUGGACAGCAAUUGGCGAGACUGCAUUUGCAUAACAUAGAGAAACUAAACAAGGGAGACAGUGACGCUGUUAGCAAAUUUGGUUUCACUGGAGCUACCUGCUGUGGAUAUAUUUCCCUAACGAAUGAAUGGAAAGAUGACUGGAUGGAUUUUUAUGUAAAUCAGAGGUUGGAAAAUAGGAUUCAAAUGGUGUUAAAAGAGAAUCAAGACCGGGAACUCCAGGAUUUUUGGGCAAAGCUUAAGACUAAAAUCCCUGAAUAUUUUACUGGUUUGGAAAUCAAACCUUCCCUUCUUCAUGGUGACCUUUGGGGUGGUAAUGUGGGAGAGAUUGAUUCAGGACCAGUUAUCUUUGAUCCUGCUUCCUUCUAUGGACAUCAUGAAUUUGAGUUGGCAAUUGCUGGAAUGUUUGGAGGGUUUAGUACUGAGUUCUACAAUGCUUAUCACCAACUGAUUCCCAAGGCUCCUGGAUUUGAAGAAAGGCAGAAACUUUACCAGUUGUUUCACUAUAUUAAUCACUGGAACCAUUUUGGCAGUAGUUACAGACCGGCUGCUAUCUCUAUCAUGAAGUCAUUAACAGCCAUUUAAUGUCAAAGAUCAUUAUUUCAUCAGUGACCAAUGGUCCAAAAUUAACAGAUUUAUAGCUAACUUUUACUGUGUUAAAAACACUAUAAACUAGGUUCUAAAUAUUUAAAAUUGUUCCUUUUUGUAUUGAGAUUAUAACUGGAUCAGUAGAAUAAUCUUAAAUAAGUUCAGAGUAUUUUAAUAUGAAGUAAUAUAUUUCGUAAUAUUAUUGUAAUAUAUUUUUGUUGAAAUAAUAGCUAUUUUUUUAGAUUAAUCAAGAAAGRUGGCUUAUUGUUUGAAUUU